AUGUCCGAUAGGAGUCAUAUUACUUCGCAAGAUCUUGCCUACUACUAUUGGCUAAAUGACAUGUAUAUGGAUGUACGCUUGGCCCUGCCCAUUAACUCGAAUCCUGGUAUGGUCUUUCCACCUCAACGUUUUGCCACGGUACAUGAUGUGGCCCGUUUUGCGGCACGCAUACUCGAUGGCAUUUUGUUGCACAAAGAAAUGUUAGAUAGCGGUCAACUGCCCCAAGAGAGAGCAACAUCACGAGAGAAAAAUCAACCACUGUGUAUGGCUCAGUACUAUCGUCUGUUGGGCUCCUGUCGUCGUCCAGGCCUGGAACGAGAUUCACAAUAUUUGCCGCAAAGAAAAACCGAUAGCCAACAUGUGAUUAUCACGUGUCGCAAUCAAAUGUACUGUGUCGUCCUGAAGGCGGAGGAUCGUGGCAAAUUGACGGAGAGCGAAAUCGCCUCACAGAUACUCUACGUUAUGAGCGAUGCUCAAUGUUUGCCCUCGAAACCACCGCCAAUGGGUUUGCUAACGGCUGAACCGCGUACACGUUGGGCCGAAGAUCGUGCCACACUGCAGCUGGAGGAACGUAAUCAACGAAAUAUCGAUCUGAUUGAGACAGCUUUGAUUUUAUUGGCACUCGAUGAACCGUUGCCAUUGAAUUUCAAUGCACGAGGUUUUACGGGAGCCACACCAUCGACCCAUUAUGCUGGUGGGCGGGAUGAGACAAAUAUGGCCCAUGAAAUGUUACAUGGUGGUGGUAGUGAUUACAAUUCCGGUAAUCGUUGGUUUGACAAAACUAUGCAAAUCAUCAUUUGUACCGAUGGUACAUGGGGUCUCUGCUACGAACAUUCCACAUCGGAGGGUAUUGCUGUCGUCCAGCUGCUGGAGAAAAUCUAUAAAGGUAUCAUGGAGAAGCCAAGUGAAGAUACGGGUGUGCCACAACAUCAUCUACCACCACCGGAACGUUUGGAAUGGGAUAUUGCAGCGGAGAUACAGAAGCGUUUUGCUGAGGCUGCCGUUAGUUUUGAUAAAGCCAUUGAUAAUUUGGACUUUUAUGUUUACCGUUACAAGGGUUAUGGUAAAAAUUUCAUCAAGGCCUGUCAAGUUAGUCCUGAUGUUUAUAUACAGCUAUCACUGCAAUUGGCCUAUUACAAACUGUAUGGUCAUUUGGUAGCCACCUAUGAGAGUGCUUCAACCCGACGUUUCCUAUUGGGUCGUGUCGAUUGUAUACGCAGCGCAAGUACCGAAGCCCUUGAAUGGGUUAAGGCCAUGUGUCAGGGUGAAGGUGCCAAUGUGGCAUUGGAAAGUGAUCGUGAAGAAGAGGAGGAUCCGCGUAAAGUGAAAUUUAGCAUAUAUAGUAAAGAUCAUUUGCGUGAACUAUUCCGUUGUGCGGUGGCUCGUCAAACUGAGGUCAUGGUCCAAAAUAUUCUUGGCCAUGGCUUGGAUAUACCGCUGUUGGGUCUACGAGAGGCUAGUCGUGAGGUAACCGGUGAAUUGCAUGAAUUAUUUACAGAUGAAUCCUAUGCCAUAUCACAAUGCUUCCUGUUGUCCACCAGCCAGGUGGCCUCAACUACAGACAGUUUUAUGGGUUAUGGACCCGUUACGCCCAAAGGUUAUGGCUGUUCGUAUAAUCCACAUCCGGAACAGAUAAUCUUUUGUGUUUCAGCAUUUUAUGCCUGUGAAGAUACCAGUGCUUCACGUUAUGCCAAAUCACUGCAGGACUCUUUAGAUAUUAUGAGAGAUUUGUUGCAGGAUUAA